GAGAGAGAGAGAGAUCUUUUGCAGAAGGGAAAAAUCGUUCUGCCGGUAGCUUCCGUGCUGUCGUCCAAUAGCAAUAUAUAUGUAUUUUUGUCUACAUCUGGAUUUUGUGCAUUACCGUGCGCACUGUAUUUUUCUCUCACCUCCACGCCGCGUUAGAAAGCAGAAUAUAGAAAUGUAUAUAUACCAGUAUCUAUAUUCCUAAUACCUUUUAAUCAAGCAGACAGUUAACGAUACUAUUUUAUAUCUAUAUUUUUAAAUCUUCUACUUCAUUUGUGUAUUUGUUUCCUUGUUUGUUUAUUUAUUUAUUUUUCUUCCCGGUAUCUGAAAAGCCAUAAUUCGACCGAAGCAGAAAGUUAAAAAUACAGUACCAUACGGACAUGUAUUUAUAAUUAUAUUACUCAUUUAUGAUAUUUCCACUUAUUUUUUUAAGAACCCGAAUCAACUGUAUAGAUUAUUCAUUUUGUAAUAGCGGUUAGGUUUAUUUAUUUAUAUAUAACCACAAGGAGUGAAUGUUUGGACGAGUCUGGAUUAUAUAAUUUUAUUAGAAAAUAAACACAUAACUACAGGCCUAUAUAUUUAUAAAAAUAAAAACCGUGACUGAACAUUGACAAUAAUAUUAAGGACGGAGCACAAGGAGGUUGAGUGACUUGCUCAGGGUCACACAAACUGAGUCCGUGGCUGAGCUGGGAUUGAACUGUGAACCUGCUGGUAACAAGCCCGCCCCUUCAGCACCAGUUAUCCUGUUGUUAAGCCACCAGCUUCCCCCAGCUGCUUUCAUCCAGUUGGUUCUUGCUGGUUGGAAAUGCAACGCGUGGUUUUGCAAUAAAGGACGGAGGAGAGAGGAAUCAAUCCCUAAAGCACUGAAGCAUCGCUGGAAUUUGAUAGGGGAAGAUGGGCGUCACAAUGCUUCUGGCUCUCUUACUCACCCUCCAAACCACUGGAGCCACACUGAGGAACAUGUCUACUACAGGCUGUCACAUCAUCAAGCCCCCUCGUGAUGGAGGGAUUCGGUACCGAGGUCUGUCUCAGGAGCAGAUUCGGAGGGUGCAGAUCCUGCCGGUGGAUUAUGAGAUCGAGUAUAUCUGCCGGGGGGAGCGGAUCAUCUCCGGGCCCAAAGUUCGCAAGUGUCUGGAGAACGGGAGCUGGACUGACAUGAGCAAGGAGAGCCGCUGCCUUCACCCAUGCCCUCGUGUGUGGCUGUCUCUGGAGAAUGGGCAGGUCCAGUCUGAUCUCUCUGAGCUGGAUCGCUCCCCGGUCGAAGGCACCCAGCUCUCCUAUCACUGUGACCCCGGGUUCAGACUGCUCGGUGCCAACGCCAGCACCUGCACCAAGAUCGGCAAGUGGGACAGUCCCAAACCAGUCUGCCAGUAUGACCGGCACUACACUGGCCAGUCACACUCAGGUAAGAAGACCCUCUAUAUCGGAGCCCUGUUCCCCAUGAGCGGGGGUUGGCCCGGCGGACAAGCCUGCCUGCCUUCUGCCGAGAUGGCGCUGGAACACGUCAACCGGAGAGCAGAUAUCUUGCCGGACUACGAGCUCAAACUCAUCCACCACGACAGCAAAUGUGACCCGGGGGAAGCCACUAAGCUGCUAUAUGAGCUGCUCUAUAAAGACCCCAUCAAGAUAGUGCUGAUGCCUGGUUGCAGCUCGGUCUCUACUCUGGUAGCUGAAGCUGCGAGAAUGUGGAAUCUCAUUGUGCUCUCGUACGGCUCCAGCUCCCCAGCCCUCUCUAACCGGCAGCGCUUCCCCACAUUCUUCCGCACUCACCCCUCGGCCACGCUGCACAACCCCACCCGAGUGCAGCUCUUCAAGAAGUGGAACUGGAGCAAGAUCGCCACCAUCCAGCAGACGACAGAAGUCUUCACUUCAACUCUAGAUGAUUUGGAGGACAGGGUGAAGAAGGCAGGGAUUGAACUCAGUGUCAGACAGAGCUUCCUCUCAGACCCUGCAGUGGCUGUGAAGAAUCUCAAGCGACAAGACGCCCGGAUAAUCGUGGGACUGUUUUAUGAAACAGAAGCUCGCAAAGUGUUCUGUGAGGUUUUCAAGGAGAAGCUUUAUGGUAAGAAGUACGUCUGGUUUCUGAUUGGCUGGUACGCAGACAACUGGUUUAAGAUCAAUGACCCGUCAAUCAACUGCACAGUGGAGAACAUGACCGAGGCUGUGGAGGGUCACGUGACCACGGAGAUUGUGAUGCUGAAUCCCGAGAUUGUACGUGGAGUGUCUGACCUGACCUCCGAGGAUUUCCUGGAUAAGAUGAUGGCUCGCCUGGGGGUGAUGAACCCCGAGGAGACUGGGGGGUUCCAGGAGGCUCCGCUGGCUUACGACGCGGUGUGGGCCCUCGCCCUGGCACUCAACAAGACCGCCGGGGAGCUGGCAAAGAGGGGACUACGGCUGGAAGACUUCAACUACAACAACAAGAACAUCACGGGAGAGAUCUACAAGGCCAUGAACACCUCCUCCUUCAUGGGGGUCUCUGGUCACGUUGUGUUUGAUGCCCAGGGUUCUCGAAUGGCCUUGACUCUGAUUGAGCAGCUACAAGGUGGAAUUUACAAGAAAAUAGGAUACUUUGACAGUUCCAAAGGAAAUCUCACCUGGUAUGGAAAUGACAAGUGGAUUGGUGGGAGUCCUCCUGCUGACCGGACAGAGCUCAUUGUGGAAUACCGGUUCCUAUCGCAGAAGCUUUUUGUGUCUGUGGCCGUGUUCGCAGGCUUUGGAAUUCUGUUUGGAAUAAUCUGCCUCACUUUCAACAUCUACAACAGCAGCGUGCGGUACAUCCAGAACUCCCAGCCCUAUCUCAACAACAUGACUGCAGUGGGCUGUAUGCUAGCCCUGGCUGCUGUCUUUCCACUAGGAUUAGACAGGAAACACAUUGCCCAGGGCCAGUUCCCCUUCAUCUGCCAGGCUCGUCUCUGGUUGUUAGGACUGGGGUUCAGCCUGGCUUACGGCAGCAUGUUCACAAAGAUCUGGUGGGUCCACACGGUCUUCACAAAGAAGGAUGAGAAAAAGGACAAGCGCAAGCAGCACUUGGAGCCCUGGAAGCUCUACGCUACAGUUGGGGUGCUGUUGGCCAUAGAUAUCCUGUCUCUGAUGAUCUGGCAGAUUGUGGAUCCCCUUCACAUCACUGUAGAGGAGUUCACUAAAGAGGCACCCAAAGGUGAUCUCGAUGUGUUGAUCCAGCCUUUACUUGAGCACUGCAACUCAGAGAAGAUGAACACAUGGCUGGGCGUGGUGUAUGGAUACAAGGGCCUGCUGCUUCUGCUGGGAAUCUUUCUGGCUUACGAGACCAAGAGUGUGUCCACUGAGAAAAUCAAUGACCACCGCGCUGUUGGCAUGGCCAUCUACAACGUAGCGGUCCUGUGUAUGAUCACAGCCCCAGUCACAAUGAUCCUGAACAGUCAGCAGGACGCAGCUUUUGCCUUUGCAGCGCUGGCUAUCAUCUUCUCAGUCUACAUCACCCUAGUCGUGCUCUUUGUUCCCAAGAUGAGGCGCUUGAUCACUCGAGGAGAGUGGCAGUCUGAGCAGCAGGACACCAUGCGCACCGGCUCCUCCACCAACAACAACGAUGAGGAGAAAUCCAGACAGCUGGAGAAAGAGAACCGCGAGCUGGAGAAGAUCAUAGCAGAGAAGGAGGAACGCGUCUCUGAACUCCGUCACCAACUAUCUGAGAGAAAGCAGCUCCGAUCUCGCCACCGCCCCUCGGCCAAUGAGAACCAGGCCCCGCUGGAGAACCACCAAUCGCAGCACUUCUCCAACUCCAAUCUGGCCCCUGUCCCCUCCCUAUACCAGCCCACAGGCCGCCCAGCGCCCCUCGCAGACAAAAUCACUCGUAAUAACUGCCAUGGCAGCCGUCUCCACCUGCUCUACAAGUGAGACAGAACUAGGCCAAAAUAGGCUGACAUGUCAUGUAUGCUGUGUGAAAAAAUAAUAUAGCUAUCACUAUAUGUUUUUUUCAGGGUUUCUACAAGCAAAUUUGUUGUUAACAUUACAAAAAAAGUAUUGGCCAAAGUGAGUUAAAGUGGUCUGACUUGUGCUAAAGUGGGCCAAAGUAGGCUAACUUGUCACUUUUCUCCCCAUGAAAGUCAGAAGUAUGUUUUUCAGGUUUUCUAUAAACAAAUAUGAACAUGCUCACCCCCUAGAAAAGUUCUUAAUGAAAUCGUCACAAACAGGGGGUGCUGAAGUGGGCCAAAUAGAACUAGAGGUCCGAAGUGGUCCAACUUUAGAAAUGUCUUGUCAGAAAUAUAUCCAACUUAUAUAAUGUUGAAUUUGCAAGUACUGUAUUUUAGAAAAUCUAUAAACGUUGAAUGCAUUUGUACAAAGUGUGUGUGCUUGACUGCAUCCUUUGUAUUUCAAAUCAUUUUCCAAUUCAGUUAGAAACUGAUGAUUUCUUGUUGGAUACACUCCAGAGUACAGGCCUGUUACACUGUGAUGCCACUGUACUGACAUUUGUUUAAUUAUUUCAUUCAAAAGGAUAUGAUUGGGUAAACAAGGUGGGUGUCGCAUUGGCCCUAGGGCUCCUAUGGCUUGGGGAGGUCACCCCAACACCUGGUGAGCUCAAACUGGCAGGGCUGGCCUCCAGGGGGCAGUAGUUAGCUGACACCCACUUUUCAGCGGCUGUGUGUAAUGAGGCGAUUGUCAGGAGGAUCGGAGCUGUUCAUCUGCUGUACUGGGCAAACUAAAUUGAGGAUAAACGGGCAUAAUUGGAUAAUAUUUUUUAUUGAAAUGGGUUGGAUCAGUGUUUCAGUAUAAUAAUUGAAAUAUUGUAGUUAAAACUUAGUCAUUGUAAUUCCACAAAUCUUACCUGUUUUUUACUUCCAUUCGCUAUAUAGGUCUCAGGUGUGCAGUUUUGAAAUACAUGUUAUAGCAAAACAUUUGGUACUACACUCAAACCGCUGUUUGCAAGCCUUGCUUUGAAGGUAGUCCUGCACUUCCUUGGUCAUUUCACCUGGAGAGGGACAUUAUCCCCACCCCUUCAGUGUCUUCUUUCCUGUCAAGAACCAAUCAGCUGCUUUCUCUGUUGACUGACAAUGCUUUCAGCCAGUAAGCUGGCCCAGGAAGUGAAGCAGUAACCGACUGGAGUCUUGUGAAGAUAUCAGGAUUGAAAAUAAAAAUGCAUGUAUAUUUCAUAACCGGCCAGGAUUGACCUCUGUCUUGCUUUCUUGCUCUCUAAAUAUCAUGGUAUCCCUUGCCCCCUCUUUGAAAAUCCAUGCAAAAGAUUUUAAUGAGCAAGUCCCACAAAUGCAGAAGUGCUUGACGUGGGGUAUUUAAUCCAUGGAAAUACACUGUCUUUCUUAGGCUAAAGUCACUGUGGAUGUUGUGAACAUACAGACAGGGCUGGCAUGAAGUAGCUUGGUUUAUAACCCCACACACUGUCAUAUAUAUCUGGCUGACUGUUGCUGCUUUAAUCAUUAAUAGUUCAUUUAAGAGUGCCGACUUUCUUUUUUUUUUUACUUAUCUCGUGCUAGAUUCUCCAAUAUUGAGUUGUCAUUUUCUCCAGACAAGCUCAGAGCAGCUGAAAGUCAGGUAAAGGCAGAGUUACAGAACAACCCAAACUCAAUAUAAGAGUAACAGGACCCAGAACCACUCGGAAGGACUGUAAGGGAAAUGUCAUAAAAGCAAUUAAAAUGACAUUUGCUACUUAUUUUUUAACUUUAUGAUAGGUGCUUCAAUAGUGCCACCAUGUGGACUUUUAUAUAUUGCAUCAUUUUUUCUGGGCCAUUUGUUUUCUCCUAAGCGACUUUAUUCCAGCCCUGUAUGUAUACAGUGUAUAUUAAAAGAAACUAACACAAUUCUAUGAGAAAUGUUUUGAUUAGAAGCCCUUAAAUUAAUAUAUAUAUAUAUAUAUAUAUAUAUAAUCAAUUAAACAGUGUUUUUUCUUCUAAAUAUCAGUACUGUUGUUGAAAAUAAUUCUAUGUGUACUUUCACCUAUAUAAAACAAAUAUACUUACAUAAUAUAUGGACAUUCUUGUAAUAAAUUGUUCUGUAAUAAAUAUUAAACUUUUUCUA